AUGUGCUUAACUUCUGCUGACUCUCAGUGCUUCCAAGGCUUCAUCUAUGUUCAGCACUGGGCUACAGAAAAGAAACUGGCUGGUUUGGCGAAAUUGUUAAGGGCCUUUUCUAUUCAACAAGUCAUUUCUUUUCUUUCCCUGGUCUCCCUCUUGGUCCUUUCUAGACUUUUUGUGCUCAUAACACUGAGAAAUAGCACUGAAGUGACUGAAUUCUUCCUUCGGAGAUUUGGUGUCCAACAUGAGUUUCAGUAUUUCCUCUUCACUGUGUUUCUGAUCAUCUAUGGGGCCUCCAUGGUGGGUAAUAUUGGAAUGAUCCUACUUGUCAAGACAGAUUCCAGACUCCAAACGCCCAUGUACUUUCUCCUACAGCAUUUGGCUUUUGUUGAUGUCUGUUUUACCUCUUCUGUCACUCCUGAGAUGAUGCAAAACUUCAUAAUAGAAAAUAAAUCAAUCUCAUUCAAGGGCUGUGUCAUACAAUUAUUGGUUUAUAAAACAUGUGUAACCAGUGACUGUCACCUCCUUGCUGCUAUGGCAGUGGACCGUUAUGUGGCCAUCUACAACCCGCUUCGCUAUCCCGCCAUCAUGUCCCGAAGAGUCUGCAUCCAGCUGGCUGGUUCAUACAUCAUGGGCUCCAUAAAUGCAUCUGUGCACACAGGUUUUACAUUUUCACUGGUCUUCUGCAAGGCUAAUACCAUCAAUCACUUUUUCUGUGACAUUCCUCCAGUUCUUGCCCUCUCCUGCUCCAACACUGACAUCAACAUCAUGCUGAUUCUUGUCUUUGUGGGAUUUAAUCUGACAUCCACUGUGUUGGCCAUCAUCAUUUCCUACACGUUUAUCCUGGCUGCCAUCCUGAAGAUCUCUUCCAAUGCAGGAAAGGAAAAAGCCUUCUCCACCUGUGCCUCCCGCCUGACAGCAGUCACCAUUUUCCAUGGAACCCUCUCUUACAUGUACUUACAGUCUUAUUUGCAUAAUUCCCAUGAAAAGAGGAAAGUGGCCUCUGUAUUUUAUGGCAUUGUGAUUCCUGUGUUGAAUACCCUGAUCUAUAGUUUGAGAAAUAAGGAGGUAAAAGAAGCUCUCAAAGUCAUAUGGAAAAAAUUCUUUUUCAGAUUGGAUCCAAACUGUUAA